ACUAAAUACUCCAGGUUGAGUACUUAGGGCGCAUGCGGCAGGCUUCUCUCAGCUCUCGCGAGGUACCGUCUUCCCGGAAGCCCUGGAGGACCUUCCCUGUUAACGGCGUCGCAAUGUGUGGGGACUGUGUGGAGAAGGAAUAUCCCAACCGGGGUAACACCUGCCUGGAGAAUGGCUCUUUCCUGCUGAAUUUUACAGGAUGUGCAGUGUGCAGUAAGCGGGAUUUUAUGCUGAUCACAAACAAAUCUCUGAAAGAGGAAGAUGGAGAAGAAAUAGUUACUUAUGAUCAUCUGUGUAAGAAUUGUCAUCAUGUAGUAGCCAGGCAUGAGUAUACAUUCAGUAUCAUGGAUGAAUUUCAGGAGUAUACCAUGCUGUGUCUGUUAUGUGGCAAAGCUGAAGAUACUAUCAGUGUUCUCCCUGAUGACCCCCGGCAAAUGGCUCUGUUGUUCUAAGGAUUCUUCUGCAGUUCUGUUGUCACUAUGUUGUGUUGGUUUAUAAUACAGCAAGACUGAUGGUGUGUCCUACUUAGUUUAUGAUGGAAAUUAUUUGCAUUUUUCUCUGCUUAAACUUACCUAUUCUUUGGGGAAAAAAAUAGUAAUUUAGGGGGUUACUAUUCUCUAGAGCUGAGCUCUUCUGCUCAAGUUCCCAGUUCACAUCAGAGUGAAACAUCUUUGUUAGCAGUUAUGGGGCUAAAAAAUAAUGAGCAUGAGAGCACACUUAGUGCCCAGAUCUUGGUUCCAAUAAAAAUGGGGCAGUAAAUAUACAAGAUGAGCUUGGAGCAUCUUGUGCCACACACAAAAAGAAAGUGCUCAAAAAAACAAAAAUGAAACACAAUGGUUGGGUAUGUGAAAGGGACAGAAGAGCCCACUGAAGGAAUUCCCAGUGACCAAACCUGGAAUAAUUUGAACAAAAAAUUAAGUAGCAUUGGAUUAUAACCCAAACUUGAAAAUAAAUAUGAGCCCAUACUGAUAGAAAUAAAUGAUUGAAUAAAUAAAUACAUAAAUUGGAGAAGAUAGACAAAUCUCCCGUACAAAAGAAUUUCAAAUAACGUAUGGAGCUAAAGUAUGUAGCUACAUUCUGUGCUCAAAUAACGUAUGUAGCACAAGUGUGGGUUGUGCAUGGCGACUUUCUUCCAGAGUAUAGUAUGAAAAGGGAAGAAAAGUAACUUAACCGUGGAAAAACCUGACAGACACUAGCCAGGUGAUCAGUGAUAAGCCCUGUUGAUGGCCUGUGCCCUUGCUGUGAGGUGGUGAGAAGUGCACUAUACCUGUGCAGUCUUCCUCCCCAAAACCCAUAACCCCAGUCUCAUCAUCAGAAAAACAUCAGACAAAUUCCAAUUGAGGGACACUUAGCAGAAGACCUGACCAGUGUUCCUCACAACUGUGCAGUCAUCAAAGACGAGGAAAUCUGAUGAACUCUCACAGCGCAGCCAAAAAGAGCCCAAGGAGACAUGGCUGCUAAAUGUAAUGUGGUAAAGUGAAUGGGACUUCGCACCAGAAAACGGGCAUGUGGCGAAAAUUAGGAGAAUCUGAAGAAAGUGGGACUUCUGUUAGUACAAAUAAAUAGAAUGUUUUGAAUUGCCCCAAAGGGGUCUUAAAAUAUCUCAUCUUGCAUAAUUGAGAGAACACUAGUUUGGGUGUCGUAAACCCUAGUAUUCAGGCCUCUCUGCCAUUUGGUAGCCAUAUAACCAUUAAGCAAAGCAUGACUCUGCACUUUAUUGUCCCCUUUUUAUAAAAUUGGGCUAAUAAGAAUUGAUAUUAUAUUUCCUUUAAAAUAUUGUCCGAAGAUCCAAAAGCAUAAUGAAUGUAAAAUGCUUUGGAAGGCAUAUAAAGUACUAGAUGCAAUGGGAUGGUUUUAGUUAGCUCUUCUCAUUCUGAGACGAAAUUUUAAAGGGUCAGGCAAUAGAGACAAAAUUGUUUUGUCUUCAGAUCUAAAAGACUUGGGCAUUCUGAACUAAGGCUUUGCUUAUAAGGAAAAAAGUGAGCAAAAUGGUCAUUGUUGAUACCAGGGAAAGCGUUUUUGUAUAACAGCAAUAAUAAUAGCUGAGGUUUGUUGAGUACUUACUACAUGCCAAGGCCUUUUUAAGCACUUAUUUAAUCCUCAUUAACUACUUCAUAAGGUAGAUGUUAUUGUUGUCCCAAUUUUAGAGCCAUAAAACCUAAAGCACAAAGAAAUUAAGUGGCUUACUCAAGGUCACACAGCUAGUACAGCAACUCCCUCUCAACAAUAUUGUUCAGUGCAGUGAGGUAUAAGAGUUCUGGCAAGGAUAGGGAGAGGUUGAGAAUAUAGAUGACUGCACUCUGAGGAAUAUAGGCAUGUCAGACCAAGAUUUAUUAUUUGGAAAAGUUAAAUCAGCUGUUCCUUAGAAAUCAGUUGUUUUAUUCCUGGAAAAUGUUUUCCACUUUCUGCAAAUCUAUAUCUGACCUGCUGAGGAAACCGUUUGGUGAAAUGAAUCCAGAAAGCGGAGAGAAAAUGCUUCAUUACUUUAAAUAGCAGCACUAAGCCCGUUACAGCCUCUGAAUUGUCCCUUCUUGGAAUUUGAAUGCUUCCAACUUAGUCAUUUGGAGCUCAAGAGUACAAUUUUGUAUGUUCCUACUGAUAUCCUCAUCUCUUGCAAAAUGUAUAAUUUUCUAUUUUGGACUAUAUACUACAAAACUUUAAAACAAGAUCCUAUCCAUAUAUUUCAUUAUUUAACCAACAUUGUGCUAUGCUUUGUGAUUCUUUUCCAUCUUCUAGAAUUCUUCUCCGGAUCUAAUAGAAUAAAGACCUUUGAACCCA